AGUGCAGUCUCACAAUCACGCCCCAGAAGUAAUGCUCAAUAUUCAUUUUAUAGUAAUUUUUCACAGUUUUAAUCAUAUAUAGCACCGUUUCACGCAAAAUAUCAAUGGCAGCUGCCGCACGUUUGGGUUUGUUAGUUCGAGUAAAGACGGUCGUUUCCAGUCCGACUCCUCGAUAUUUUACCUUUUUAUGGCGUUAGGAUUUUUUUCCAUGUGUGUAGAAUAUGAAAUAUGAGAGCGAUUGUUUGCGCCGUAUGUUUAUGUUUGCUGUGCAUAAGUUGCUCGCAGCGCUGGUUAUUUACUUAUUUAAAUGAAAGGCAAUUUCGACAUGUUUAUCAUGCGGCUUUCCUACGUAGACGACAUUUAGGUAAAUUUGUGCUUGUGUGUACUGUUUAGCUUUCCUUUUGCAGAUCACAUGUCAAGAGAGAGGGGUGAAGUCCAGCGAGUGUUAGCCCAGGCGCUGACAUUCGUACAUCAAGCAGAAGAAGAACUUGGAGCAGACAUGGAAGGGCGGAAUUCGGCUGCAGAUUCUGAAGCGGCCGCAUUUGUUCGCGAAACAAGAGCCUUAUUUCAAAGACGUUCAACUGCAGAGACGAUUCACAGAAGAUGAGCUGACAGAAGCAGGAAUGUCCUCGGUUACUUUUGCUGACAGACCUGAAACCAACUUGCAGAAUGAAAGUCAGACCCAAUUAGAAGAAGUGCGUGAUGCUUUGAGCUCGGACUACAGAAGACAAUCAUCCCCAACAUGAGUUCUGUUUUAGGAGCGGGCCUGGACACUGUUGGCCAAGCUGCUGGCUAUCAGGAACAAUUUGUCAUACCUGCUGAUACCCUGGCAACCUGUGGAUCACCUUUAGUUCUUGGCUCUUCUACUGUGGUGCAAAAUGCAGCUGCCUGCGUCUGUUUCAGUGUGCAAUAGACUGCCAUGAAGUCCCCCUCCAUCCACAGCACAGAAUAUCAGAUACAAGGUGGAGUAUGCCACACCUGCUUCAGGAAGUAUAUCUCCGACUUCUCAUUGCCAGCCAGUAACUCUUUUGGAAAUGGCACCUGGGUGCGCAGCUCUUUUGGCUACAACUCUGCUCUGCUUAUCUCACUGCAUUCCUCUGCCAGGGCCUUUAAAGGAUCUACUUGGAGGCCAUGAACAACAUACUGAGGCCUCUGCAACUGAUGUCUUUAGCCAUAUUUUGGACAGAAAUACAGGGAGCAAGAAGCUAAUCAAGCAGGGAGACAUGAUUCAAGUAAAACGGAGGAGCACCUUGGUCUGUCCUACCAGUGGCUGUUUGUGGCCCAAGCUAAGUGAUGGCACAGUAAGCGUCCCAUAUGUCAUCUCAGAUGCCUACAGUGCUGAUGAAGCUGAAGUGAUCCUUCACGCCAUGAGAGAGUUUCACACACUCACCUGUGUGAGGUUUGUCAGCAGACGGUCAGAGAAGGACUUUGUGCAGAUCAACUCCAAUGACGGGUGCUGGUCAAGUGUAGGGAGACUUGGUGGUGCUCAGGAGCUCUCACUUGCCAAAGAUGGCUGUCUCAUCCAUGGUGUUGUUCAGCAUGAGCUAAAUCAUGUUCUUGGCUUCAUUCAUGAGCAAUGCAGGCCUGACCGUGACAACUAUAUCAAAAUCAACUGGCAGUAUGUGAACCCAGAAGAUGCCAUGAACUUUGCCAAGUCUGACUUGAGUCCCUUGAACCUUCCCUAUGACUAUACAUCUAUUAUGCAUUAUGGAAGGUAUGCGUAUUCAAACACCACUGGAGAAGCAGUCAUUGUGCCACUGGUGAACUCAACAAACCUGCUUGGCCAGAGAUAUGGAAUGAGCCCCAUUGAUGUACACAGAGUCAAUACAGUAUAUUCAUGCCGAGUGUGCACAGCCCUGCUUUCAGAUACCAGUGGUGUUUUCAUAUCUGCGGACUUCCCCGCCUUCACUGCUGAAGACUUAAGAUGUGUGCUUCUGAUCCGAGUCCCUGGCAGACAGAUCCUGCUGGAUUUCGAGGUGUUUAUUGUGCAAGAAUCUCCCGGCUGUAUAGCUGACUCUGUUCGUGUGUAUGACGGUGACAGCAUUCAGUCCCCAGUGCUGCUAGAGAAGACUUGCGGAUCCCGGGAGGUACCAGGAUACUACUCCAGUACAAAUACACUGCUGGUUGAGUUCAUCCGAAGCAGCCUCAGGUCUCCUAGCCAUUUCCAGGCCAAAUACCAAAUGGCCUGUGGAGCCACUAAGACCACAAUGUCUGGAGAGUUCAGCUCGGAGAACUUUCCUACAGGUUACCCCAACAACCAUGAGUGUACCUGGAACCUCAUAGCUCCCCCAGGCUACAAGGUGUCUAUCACAGUGGUUUCAUUCCAUCUAGAGAAUUCUCCAGCUUGCGAGUUUGACUAUGUUAUCUUCUGGGAUGGAUUCAAAAGUACUGCCAAGAUGGUAGGCAAAUACUGUGGUGAAGGACCUGUGCCAUUUUUCAUAUCUACGGGGAAUGUUGCAGCUGUCCAGUUUCACAGUGACAAGUCCAUUCGUGCUGCUGGGGCUCUGUUCACGUAUGCCUUUAUCCAUUAGGACUUAGUGAUACCUUCUGCAAGAAACCCUCUGGUUUAGAACAGGAUGUCAGCUGCUCACUCAAUUAACUUUUCAUUUUUAAGCUAGGCACCCUAGUUUUGCCAUGGCCAUAACUUACUUGAUGACACCUCGGGUGGUGGUCCUGGAAAAAUGGUAGAGCUCUAUCUUAAAUGAGCUGCGUUGGAUAGCUGCAAACAACUCAGGUUUGAUUGAGUGUAAGGAACACUUCUACAAUUCAAGCCAACUACUUUGAUAAGCACACCAAUGAUCUGCAUGGAGAACCCACUCCACUCCACACUAAUCUAGACUUUGGGGAAAGAAACAGAUUAGACACCUGAAAGAUGACAUGUCCUGCAACACGUUGACCAUGCUAUUAUUGAGUUUGCAGUUGCAGUUUGACCGGCUUGCACAAGAAAAGCACCAUCUACAGGAGUGGCAGCCAGCUGGCAGAACACAACGCUGGCUUGUGCAAAUGUGGCCCACCAUAUAGCGUCUUCUGAGAACUGCCAAGUGUAGUGAGUGAGUGGCCAUUAGGUUCAUCUCGUCUGUCCCAGGAGGGUCAAGCAAUUCAUGUGUAUAAUCAAGUAUAUACUGUGCAGGAUACUCAGUAAUGAAAAAAUAAAAUUGUA